AUGAAAAAUAGGCGCCUCGUUAUACUGAAACUUUUGAACGGGAAAAAGCAUCCCCUUGAUGCUGAAAAAUGUGGGUACCAUGGAAGGUACUUCCACAGUAGUAGCAGCAUUGUUGAGAGAAAAGAGAAAGUGAGCACCCACAUAUCCUACACUCUUCCUGCGCAAAGGGAAAAUGAAAAAUACACUUUUGAAGUCCUCAUGAAAACGAUGAAAAACAGAGCAGACGAGUAUAACCUUAUAAAGAUAAAAGAAGCACAAAAUAAAAUAUUAAUUCAUUUAAACACAUUUACCAUCAACCAAGUGGUAUCCACGCUUGUCCUCUCGUACAAGUAUAAUAUGCUUAAUUUUAAAAUUCUUCACGCAAUCAUAGAGCAUUUAUUUUGCCACUCCUGCUUUUUGAAUAGCAAACAUUUGUACGUGUUAGUUUCCAUUGUAAGGAAGAUACACCUGAACAACUUCGUCUACCCGUCACAAGACAACCACGGUAGUGGUGACAAUCACAAUCUUCACUUGGACGACUACCUAGAAGAUGUUAAUGAAAAUAUAAAAUGGAAGGAGAAAUAUUACGAGGAGGUAAUGGGCAAUUUGAUCCUCCCCCCUGCGGGCUCCACAUCGAUAGAGGGGCACGAAAUCGAUGCAGCAUAUCCGCAUAAAUACAACGGUUCAAUAUAUCUGGGUGAACACAACAAUACCGAAUGCCCUCCUCAAUAUAACGGUACGAUUAGCGAACAUGGAAGCAACACAAGUAACGUAAAUCAUAGCCUACCCCCGUGCAAAACUCCCCCAGCGGAGGAAAACCUGUCACUGCAAAAUUGCCCCCACCAGAAGGAGGACAUCCCCAUAGAAAUGAAAAAGACACACUUAAAAAUUAAGGAAAUCCUGACGCACAAUUAUAGCAAUAUAUAUCUGAACAUAAAAAAAAACCUGUACACAAAUUUGCUAUUGUUAAAUUAUUUGCAUGAAGAAAAUAUAAUCAGCAGAAGAGUUUUCUUAAAAAUAAUUUACUCCAUAGAUACACAAUUUAACCAGCACAUAUUUAGUAGUAACAAAAACGGAAGCAACCGUGAUCACCACUCCUACGAUGAGAAUGGAGCCUGUGAAGAUGGCAUCCUCAAUUCGUAUCUCCAAGAUCAGUGUGAGAAUACAUCAACGUACGACUUGUACAUUCGUCUUCAUUUCCAUUUGCUAAAAAAUAUGCUCACAGAGUGCGAAUUUAUCGACCGCAAUUUUAUAAUGGAAAAAAUAGAAAAUGGCACAAGUAUAAAUGAUGAUGUGUACAGAGAUGCAAACCUAUACCUUGAAGUGUUUUCUUUAUUUUUUCAAAACAUGGAGAACGUUACGGAAAGGAUUAAUCAUUUAAAAGUUUUUCAUUUGAAUAUCCUUUCCCACGAAUUAUUCAAACAUUUCUCUGACGAUGGUGCAUUUAAAAAUGUUAACAUACAUUACGCCUUCCUCAAGAAAGUAUCAUGUGCCUCUAUUUUGAAGGGGGAAGCAGACCCCGACGUCUGCUAUUGCCUUCUGAGCAUUUUGUAUUACCUAAAAAGGGAAAACAGGCUGAAUUGUGAAAUUCGCCCUUUUGGCUACCCUCCUUUUGGAGAACCCACAUUUGAUUUGCAAAAAAUACAGGACAGGUACUCCCUCUUCUUAAAUUCGCUUGACGAGUACAACCUGCACGACCUUCUUAUAUCAACGCAAGAACCAAAAAAAGGAAUGAACAUGAAUUUCGACAUUCCCAUAAAACGCACCCCAAAUGAUGAACCACCAGCAAUUGAACAAUUGCCCCACAAUCUGAGGGAUAAUAUGAGGGAUAAUAUGAGGGAUAAUAUGAGGGAUAAUAUGAGGGAUAAUAUGAGGGAUAAUAUGAGGGAUAAUAUGAGGGAUAAUAUGAGGGAUAAUAUGAGGGAUAAUAUGAGGGAUAAUAUGAGGGAUAAUAUGAGGGACAACUUUCUCAUCCACUUCAUGGCAGAAUUCACCUUCAACAUCGUGUGUUACCUAAACAGGGUAGAUACCUACGAACAAAUUUUCAUUUUAAAAUAUUUAAUCCUCCUGAAUUUGAAGAAUGAAUACCUUAUCGAUGUGCUCAAAGAACGUCAACGUAAUUUCUUUAUACAAAAAGAGCAUUACACUGAUAGAAAGCACUUUUUUUAUUUUAUAGAAUAUUUGUUAACUUGUUUUAUUCAUUCUACCCAUGAGUUCCUCAAUCUGAUACAUUUGAUAGACCUCCGAAAGUUUCAAAUUGUGCUGGACGGAACUGGACGCACGAAAAAGUUCACACAUAAAAUAAAAAAAAUAUUCGAUGCCCUUAAUGUGAUACUGAACCAGCGGAAACAGAAUUGUGUAAAAGUCGCCACCACAAAAAAAGUGCGAAACAACCAAUUUGAAAACAAGUCCACUGUCAUACCAGAAGACACAACCCAGGUACAACGUUUUCAGAACAUUCUCUACGAUUUUUUAUUCUUAUAA